GAGGAGUCGCCCCCUGGUGGACACUAGAGAGAAUGCAGCUUUAACACAUGAAGCUCUGACUUCUCUUUAGAGAACCGGAGGUUGAUGACUGUGUUGAAACUUCUGUAGUGUACUGGUUGAGGUGGGAGAAUAAACAUAUCAUGAUUUAGUCAAAGUAUUCAUAACGGUGUUGAAUGGAUCAGUGAUGUUUUUGAUCUCUUGCCUCGUCUUAAUUACUUCCUGAUUGAUUGUUGUGUGUUCAGUCUCUGCGUCGUGUGGGGAAAGACACCACAGUGCUGCUGAUCUGUGUCACCGUGUUCCUGUCCUAUCUACCUGAGGCCGGACAGUACUCCAGCUUCUUCCUCUACCUGAGACAGGUGAUUGAGUUUACUCCUGCAGCCAUCGCUGCCUUCAUCGCCAUGGUGGGAAUCCUCUCCAUCAUCGCUCAGACUCUGUUCCUCAGUGUCCUCAUGAGGACCAUAGGUAAUAAGAACACGGUUCUUCUGGGUCUGGGCUUCCAGCUCUUCCAGCUGGCCUGGUACGGCUUCGGCUCUGAGCCGUGGAUGAUGUGGGCAGCAGGAACAGUAGCAGCCAUGUCCUCCAUCACUUUCCCAGCAGUCUCUGCUCUGGUGUCACACUGUGCAUCAUCUGACCAGCAAGGUGUGGCCCAGGGGAUGAUCACAGGUAUCAGAGGUCUCUGUAACGGUUUGGGUCCGGCUCUGUACGGCUUCAUCUUCUUCCUCUUCAACGUGGAGCUGAACGACAUGCAGCCGGUGGCAGGAAGACCCCCACAGAGAGCAGAGAAGUCGAUGAUCCCCGGUCCUCCCUUCCUGUUCGGAGCGUGUGCCGUCCUAUUCGCUCUCCUCGUCGCAGUCUUCAUCCCCGAUCAGCACCGAUCGGCCGACGUCAAGACCUGCAAGACCGGCGCCUCCUCCUCCGCACACGCUCAGAGCGCCGGCCCUCUGGCCACGCCCACCAGCGACGCGGAGGACAUCGAGCCGCUCUUGCAGGACAGCAGCUUGUGACAGGACAGCCGGCCAAUCGCAUUGCAGAGGCUGUGAGCACCGACUACUAGUCCCGCCCACCUUUCAGAAUAAACCGGGGUUUUUUUAUUCAGCUUUUUAUUUUUUUAUUUCUUCAGACUGUUCAGAUAAAAGAUCGUUAGGCAGCAAACUCACUGACGAGCUUUCAUCCAUUCAUACAUUUACUGACUCGUGUCCAUCGAACACAUUAAUAUUAACAUAUUAAAGAUCUGCUCCUACAAAGUAAAAGCGUUAUGAAUCAACAGCAGAACUGUCAGUAAUACAACAUAUCCUGCUCAGGUGUGUUUGAAUGAAUAAUAACAAUAAGAACUAUUUAAUAACGUCACGAUGUUCAGCUCUUUAAAUCACAAUUAUUUACUUUUUAUAAACAUUUCUACACGACGUUAGAAUUCUAAAUCGCAUUCAGAUGAAGAUGCUCCACUGAUAUUAUUAUUAUUAUUAUUAUUAUUAUUAUAUUAUAUAUUAUAUAUUAGUGUUAUUUUACUGUUGGUGGCUGAAGGAUUGUUUCAGAUAUCUCAGAACAUUUCAGUGUUUUUAUGCAGAGAAAUAUUCACUUCAAUGUUUAAAAAACAAAAAGGCUCAACUGACUAAUGACAUUUAUUAAAGAACGUUUGAUAUAAAAAUGUUCUCACUCAUUUAAACUCUUGAAUCACUUUAUUAUAACUGAGGAUUUUAUUGUGAACGUAAAUAAAAUGUCAUUCGUUACUCGAUGAACAUUUUAACCAGUUCAGGUCUUUAGCUCCUCGACCUGCAGAUGAGUGACGGGGAAGUACUCUAGCGUCUGAAGCACUCUAGCGUCUGAAGCACUCUAGCGUCUGAAGCACUCUAGCGUCUGAAGCACUCUAGCGUCUGAAGCACUCUAGCGUCUGAAGCACUCCAGCGUCUGAAGCACUCUAGCGUCUGAAGCACUCCAGCGUCUGAAGCACAACGCACCAUACAAAACAUUCUGCUCACGUUUUUUCCAAAGCCGUCAGUCUGGUUGCCGUCUACACUCUCUGGAGUGAGUCUGCUGCACCGGCUGUGACGUCGUCGUCGUCGUCGUCGUCCUCCUGCCGCGUGUUGUUUCAUAUCGAGGCCGACGAAACAGAACCGUAGACGUGUUCAGGGAAUGAAGUCUUUAGGGGCGCUUGAUACGAGCCGGGGGCACGAUUUCAUAUUCUCUACUUCCUGUUGGAGGUGAGCGGUUCUUACAGUUAAACGUCUUCCUUGUUCCCUCUCGGCUGCACCAAUGAUGGAUAAAACAAGCGCCCCCCCACAGAGGCCUUGAAGAAGGAAACGCUGCUCGAGACACGUUUCAUGGAUCUCAAACAUUAAACCCACCGGAUCAGUUUAAAUCACAAGGACUGAAUCCUGCUCACUGAUUGGUCGGUUUUCCUCCAUCACGUCCUCGGGGCUCAUUUAUCUCACGGAUCAUAUUUCAUAUCAGAUCUCUCGUCUCUUCUUCUGUUCACAUACUUGAAGUCUGUCGGAUUAUUUUAAAGCUCUGACAUUAAAGAAAGUGCUCCUCCACUACCCCCCCCCCCCCACCCCCCACCUGCUGCUGCUCCAGUAGACUGAAUCAAGCGCUCCUGAGUUGCUGGUGUAGUUUGUGACUCUGUUUGGAGAGUCGGAGCUUUUAUUCACAACCAAAAGGUGCCAUGUUUUUAUUUCUCACAUGUUUUUGAGGGGCGGAGCCUAUUCCUCCCUCAUCAGUACUGUAUCAGUAUAAAGAACCCCAGUGCAUGCUGGGAGCAGCUGUUUGCUUUUCUUUUCACAUUCGUUUUUCUUUAUUCCAGACAACGUUAAAAUAGUUAAAAUGUGUUAAAUUUAUUUUUUAAAGUUCUGCAAAAGCUUUGUACUAUAAAGUAGCAUUAAAAACCUGUCUCUGGUGGUGCGUUCAAGGACACGCCGACAGCUAAGAACCUGCUUCAUUUUCAUUUUUCUCUAUGAAAAUGAGCUGAUAAACAUGUACAUCUCUCUGAGCCACGGUAGGUCCUUGAACACACUAACAUGGAGUCAUUUAGUAGUUUCUUCCUCACAUUCAUGAUGAUAAUUAAACGUUGAGCGGUGGAACGGGAGCCGAAACCUCCGUUAUCGAACGAAACAGGAGUUUGAACCGUUACUGAUGUUCUGUCACUUUAAGGCUCAGACGUCCUCCGUUAUGUGCUGCAUUCAGGUUACAUCGAUCGGUGGGACAUCCUGGUUUCUGACAGCGGGAGCUGUCUGUUACAGUCUCAGAAGAGAAGUCACACAAGUUACCAAAACCAAAUCAGUUUCUAGUUUGUUUUUACUUUUAGUCACACGGCUCCCGCUUUUAGUUUUUUCUCCGUGGUGCCUUGAAUGCAGCAUCGACCUGAUGAUGAUGACGGUGUAGCUUCAUCAUGAAGCACAAUCACCGAUUACUGACUCACGUCUGGAGAAAUCCUUGAAUUGUUAUCUUUAAUGUAACCAAACGUUAACUCUCUAGAGAUGAUGUCACAGACGGACAGUAUAUUUUUCUACAGUCAAUAGUUGUGACUCCAUAUCCCAGAAUGCACCAGUGUUAUUAACAAGCAUUCCUGUUUUGUUCAGCUCCUCCGGUCUUUAUUAUGUCUCUGCUGCGUUCAAGUCCCGUUGGAAAGUUCAUCACUCCUCCAGACAACGCGUGGCGUUUCCUACAUUUUUAGAAACCAGAGAAGAAGAAUUCAAACAUUGAGUUUACGGGUUGUCGACGCUUUUUAAACUUAAAAAUAGAAUAAACGGAGACUUCCUCGUGUAAUAAUGUUUAUUUAAUAAUUAUAUAAAAAAUUACAUUACAGAUUACAUUUUUCCUUAUUAAACGUUAAAUCUUUUGGAUUUCUUUGGUUCAAAUUCAUUUUUAACGGGUUUAUUUGAUCUUCGUGUUUGAUUCAAAGUUCUUUGAAUGUCGUUUUAUAUUUUUUUUAUUCUCUGAUGUUAAAAGUAAAGUUGAUUCAUUGAGCCUCAGUUCUUCAUCUCUUGGAUUAAAAGUGUUUUUCGUCGAUGUAAACAUGGAGGAGCUCAACUUUCCGACGGGCCGUGAAGUGACAACAUGGCCGCCAGUUCAAACACACAGGUGAAGCUUUUUAAACGGCUUGUUACUGAACACAGAUAAUGUCCAUUUUAGAAAAUGAUGAUUAUUAUUAGAACAGAAACGUAUGCAGUCAAACAUUCCUCCUCUUCCUCUCCUCCUCUUCCUCCUGGAGCAGAACUUUAUCUGACUGCUGCUCUGUACUUCUGAACGUGCCUCUCAUCAUUCUUCAUCUUCAUGUUUUUAUAGAGAAGCAGAAAGACGCUGAAUGACGUCUUUGUUGUAUUUGCUUUCUUUUAUCUUGAGAACAUCAUUUUGAAUAAUAUCUAAUAAUCAGUAUAAUGAUGAUA